AAAAAAUUGAGUUGUGAAGAGAGAAAACAGUGCAGUUAGCUCCUCCAGAUUCCAAAGCUUUGAAGGACGGGUUUUGUGUUACUUGUUAAUCGUUAUCCACUCCUCGCUCCCUCUCCCUAACUGUCAAGAAUCCUGAACAGCUCUCCCUCUCUCUCCACGCUCGUUCAGAUGAGAUGACCACUCUAUCCCACGCGCUCCCUCUCAAACUCACUCCUCGUUCGCCCGACUCCACUCACUCCACUCGCCCCAAAUCCCUAAUCUUAUGCAAGAACAAGAACGACACCGCUUUCGUGGACCAGAAAUCCGGGGUCGUCGACUACGACAAGGGCCACCACGAGGUUUCCACUCGGGUGACUGGACUCAGAAAGGCCGAUAUUCCUAAACGGUACCGUUUGCGUGUGGAAGGCGAUCGCUUCCAGAAGGACUGGACCGUAUCUGAGGUGGUCGACCAAAUUCUGGAGCUGAAUCAUCGGGAUAACGUCGAACCGGUGCUAAACCGGUGGGUUGGCCGUUUUGCUAGGAAAAAUUUCCCGGUUCUCAUAAAGGAGCUGACACAAAGGGGUGCAAUUGAACAUAGUAUAAAAGUAUUUGAGUGGAUGAAAAAUCAAAAGAACUACUGUGCGCGAAAUGAUAUCUACAAUAUGAUGAUAAGAUUACAUGCUAGACAUAAUCGGAUGGAUCAAGCUCGCGGUUUGUUCUUUGAAAUGCAAAAGUGGAGGUGCAAACCUGAUGUUGAGACAUAUAAUGCUCUUAUCCAUGCACAUGGUCGAGCAGGUCAAUGGCGUUGGGCGAUGAAUAUCAUGGAAGAAAUGCUUAGUGCAGCUAUCCCUCCAAGUAGAUCAACAUAUAACAACUUGAUCAACGCUUGUGGAUCUAGUGGAAAUUGGAGAGAGGCUCUGAAGAUUUGCAAGAAAAUGACGGAAAAUGGAGUCGGGCCAGAUCUAGUGACACACAAUAUUGUAUUGUCUGCAUAUAAGAAUGGGGCCCAAUAUUCAAAAGCUGUGUCUUAUUUCCAACUGAUGAAAGGGACAAAUAUUCGUCCUGACACAACUACCUUCAAUAUUGUGAUAAAUUGCCUGGUGAAGCUUGGAGAAUAUGGAAAAGCCAUUGAUAUAUUUACUUCAAUGAGAGAGAAGGGAUCUGAGUGUUGCCCUGACAUUGUUACAUUCACCAGCAUUAUUCAUCUGUAUUCUGUUAGUGGACAGAUGGAAAAUUGUAAGGCUGUGUUCAAUACAAUGCUUGCAGAAGGUAUAAGGCCCAAUAUUGUUUCAUAUAACACACUAAUGGCUGCAUAUGCUUCACAUGGACUGAGUAAAGAGGCUGCUGCUGUUUUUGACCAGAUAAAACAAAAUGGUUUUCGUCCAGAUGUUGUUUCUUAUACUUCUUUACUUAAUGCUUAUGGAAGAUCACAGCUACCUGAAAAAGCUAGGGAAGUUUUUGAUAUGAUGAAGAGAGAUAAUUGCAAACCUAAUCUUGUAAGUUAUAAUGCUCUGAUUGAUGCCUAUGGAUCUAAUGGUUUAUUAGCUCAGGCUGUGGAAGUCUUGUGUCAAAUGGGGCAAGAUGGGAUUCAGCCAAACAUUGUCUCAAUUUGCACCCUCUUAGCUGCAUGUGGGCGCUGUGGGCAAAAGGUGAAUAUUGAUGCUGUACUUUCAGCAGCUGAGUUGCGAGGUAUCAAACUGAAUACGGUUGCCUACAAUUCAGCAAUUGGAAGCUACAUGAAUGUUGGAGAGUUUGAGAAGGCUGUAGCUUUGUACAAAUCCAUGAGGAAAAGGAAAGUCAUGCCAGAUUCUGUUACUUAUACUGUAUUGAUAAGCGGUUGCUGUAAACUGUCAAAAUACAGUGAGGCACUUGUGUUUCUUGAUGACAUGGAGGGUUUAAAAACCCCCUUAACCAAGGAGGUUUACUCAUCUAUUAUUUGUGUUUACAGUAAACAGGGCCAAGUUGCUGAAGCAGAAUCAAUUUUCAACAUGAUGAAGGUUGCUGGUUGUUGUCCUGAUGUUGUUGCAUAUACAGCAAUGCUGCAUGCUUAUAAUGCUGCAGAAAAUUGGACAAAAGCUUCUGCACUAUUUCUGGAGAUGGAAAGAGAUGAUAUCCAACCAGAUUCUGUAGCAUGUUCAGCUCUAAUGAGAGCUUUUAAUAAGGAAGGACAACCAUCCAAGGUUCUUGUUUUGGCAGAGUAUAUGAGAGAGAAAGCAAUUCCUUUAAACGAUGCUAUUUUCUUUGAAAUGGUAUCAGCUUGUAGCAUGUUACGAGAUUGGAAGACCACAAUUAACCUGAUCAAACUAAUGGAGCCUUGGUUCCCACUAGUUUCCGUUGGGCUAAUGAAUCAGCUUCUUCAUCUGCUUGGAAAAAGUGGUAAAAUUGAACCUAUGAUGAAGCUGUUUUACAAGAUAAUAGCAUCAGGUGCUGCAGUCAACUUCAAUACCUAUUCAAUCUUGUUGAAAAAUCUAUUGGCCACUGGAAAUUGGCGAAAAUAUAUUGAGGUUCUUCAGUGGAUGCAGGAUGCUGGAAUUCAACCUUCCGAUGGGAUGUUUGUUGAUAUUGUCUCCUUUUCACAGAAAAGUUGUGGGGCUGAAUAUGCACAUAAAAUACAAGAAAGACUGGAAUCCAUGAGAAGAUCUGGAGAUCAAAAUUCAAGCCGCACGAUUGCAUCUUCUCUGCCAACCUCACCAUUGAUUGUUGGAUCAGAGAUGUGAAGCUAUAAUUUGGGAGUGGCCGCUGGUGGCAGUUACUUGUUCAGAGGUAGUAUCUCUGAUUUCUUAGAUUUUAUUAUAUGGUAAAUACAGAAGCCUAGCUAAAUCAAAAUUUUUUGUGAGGAAUCAAAGUGUAAUUAUGUACAGUUGUUUCAUUAAGUGGGAGGAGGAAAGGAAGGAGAGUAACUUUCACAAGGAUCAUUGUGUGUGAACGAACAAAUCUCCUUGAGGGAUAAGGAUUUAUAAAUUUUUUAGUCUUUUACUUUCUUCAAAAUAUAAGUCAAAAUCACUUCUUAACCAUUUCAUUUUAAAUUGAUAA